UAAAUCUUUAAUAAGGGUAAUAUGUGCAUGUUUUGACUGUUUGGGUAUGAUCCUGUACCAAUUUGAUUUGAGAAAAGCAUCUUUUAUUUUUCAGAUUUUUUCGUAAAUCUUUAAUAAGGCUAAUAUGUGCACGUUUUGGCAUCUCAGUAAUUGAUUUUUUAUUUUUCGUAUUUUUUCGUAAGUCUUUAAUAAGGCUAAUUUGUGCACGUUUUGACUGUUUGGCUAUGAUCCUGUACCAAUUUGAUUUGAGAAAAGCAUCUCAGUAAUUGAUUUUUUAUUUUUCUUGCCUCACUUGGUUGACAGACAUAACAUCCCCUCACACUUUAAUUAUGGUAAAUUUAGAUACCUCUUCUUGAUUUCAUUUAAUAAGUAGGAAGGAUCUCUUUUUACUUGUUCUAUUCAUGGAAAUUUCAAAUGUUAUAAUAGGGUAUUAUUUAUUUAUGGCAACUAUAGCAUGAUUGGUGGAACAGAUUGAUUUACCCCAUCCAUUUAAGGGAACAACCCCCUUAAUUGAUUCAUUAUAUGUUAUUCUUCUUCCAUUAAAUAUUAUUCUUCCUUCAUUAUUUGGGAUUGCGGACGCCCUCCUCACUAUAUAAACUCACCAUUCUCUUUCUCUAAGAGGACAAACUUCUCCUCCGCUAUUACUCCCUCUAUUUUCUCUUAAAAGUACUUUGAAGUUCUUUGGCACUUUGGAUUUCGAAAAACAUUCGGUCUUGUCCUUGCUGCAAUUGCUUUGGGUUCUAUCAUUAUUGUUUGGUGCCUAAUCGGUUAGUCUCUAUCGACGCAUUCUUUUCUUAUUCUGUAGCAUUUGUGAUAGCAAAGCAUAGAAAGCAUGUCUAUAGGAACUAAUUUAAAAUAAUUAUGAUUUUGCUUUUUUUAGUGUCAUAAAGAAGAUUAAAAAAAGAAAAGAAUAGCUUACUAGAGUGUACUAUAACCAGUUCUAGCUGUUUUCUUGAACAGUAGCACAUUUGGUGCAAGUUGAAGACAUUCUGGGUAUUGCUGUUUGUAUUUUCUUGUUCUGUGUUUGCUUUGUUUGACUGUGGUUUCUUGUGAAAGUUUUGUCAUAAUUGAACACAGCUCAGGGUUUUACUUUUCAUAGCUAUUUUCUACUUUCUUUCUGAUAUUUUGAUGGGUUUUUGCUUUGUUUCUUGCAUGAAAAUGUAAGUUCUUUUUCCCCAUAUUCGUUUUUUGGGCCAAGGAGGGUGAGUGAUGUGGUGGGCAGAGGGGCCAGUGGGGGGUUCUUUUGUUUAAUUCUUUCCAAAUUAAUGUGAAGAUAAUGUUUGAUAGAAUCUUAUUGGAAAGACAAAGUGUGUGAAUCACAUUCAGCAGAGUGGGAGAAAAGGUGAAGAAAUUUAAGAGAGGAUUUUGAAGGAUGAAUGAUAGCUCAGCUAGAGAAGUGAAUGAUAGUCAACCUCAAAGGCCUUGUGGUUGUGUGGGCAUUUUCUUUCAGCCCUUUGAUCGGAACCGUAGAUUUGCCAAGAAGCUGUUUCCAAAGAAACUGCUUUCACCAGCUUCAAAAAAGUUUGGAGGGGAUGAGAAGAAGCCAAAGCUUCGUUUGAUUUCUGAUGAGAACAGUGGGGGUUUUCCAAAUGCAAAGAAUAAUGGAAUGACCGAUACACGUUGUGAAAGCAAGCGCGAAAUGAAAGCUCCAAGUUUGGUUGCUAGACUCAUGGGUUUGGAAUUGAUGCCAGCAGGAUCAGGCAGUAAGCCCCAAAAGGCUUCAGUUUCUGAAUCUUGGAGCAAUGUGGCAGACAAACUUGGUGCUCGACCUGGCGUAUCUGAUAAAGAAGAUAUGGAUUUUGAGAUGGCCGAAAUAAAG